AUGAUUUGGUUUAUAAGAUCUAAGAAAUUGGUUGGUGAUUUCUUUGUAGUAUCCAAAGUGGAUAUAUUUUCUGUCAUCGAACUUUUCAGAAGUAAUGGAUUAAUAGGGGUUAACAAUAAUCAGACACUGACACUCCAACAAAUGAAAGUGGUUAUCCGUAAUCUGCUAUGGACGCUAAAUAAGCGAUUGCCUUUGAGAAAUUCCAACAAUUUUCAAAAUACAGUCAAAUUAAUUUAUGCAUUCAUGGCUGCUACCUAUGCAAGGGAUGACAUUAUUCGCAUUUCAUCCCUUAAAAUAGCUUUGGCAAUUCUUUGUAGUGGUAAAUUAAUGGACAGACUUAGAUACAUUUACACUUUAAUCUCCGAUAGUAAUGGUGCCCUAAUAAAAGAUAAAUUCGAAAGCUUUUUAAUCGACGUAUUAGCUUUGCCCACGGCACUCGGUGAAGGCCUCACAUUUUCUUAUAAAGUAGGCAUGUUGGAACAGUGUCUUAAUGAUGAGCAAUUACGCGAUGGAGGAGAUGUAAAUGGUUUCAUCGGCUGGAUUACCGAACCUGACCCCUCUUCACGUUUGAUCUGGUUAUCAGUAUUAUACAAAAUGAAUCAAACUGAAAAUGUUCACCAUAUGAUAAAAUGUAAAACUUGCGAGAAACAAAAUUUUACCGGACUUAGGCCGACAGUCCCUGCACCUGAAGUUAAUGAAACUUACGGAACGGAUACAUCCGUUAAUGAAGAACACGCUCUUAUAGCAAGAUAUGCAUCUAGACUUGCCAGGCAUGCAGAAAAUGCGCCUAGUACACCUAACGAACUGACUCUAAAUAUGAAAGAGACUGUAGAGAAAGAAAGAUUGAUUGGCACUCUUGCAGAAAGAAAUAUGAAAUUAUUAACCGAGGUGAGAGAAUGGGAUGAUCACAGCGAUAUAGUAAAUUCUCAGAAUGCCUCAUCUACUUCAUUGGUAUCGAAAUCGACAGUUGAGGAACUCAACUUAAGUAAAUCUGGCUUAGAAGAGAAAGUAUCGACACUUCUAAGCCAUCGAUUUCAAUUGCUACAAGAACUGGAAGAAACAAUGAGUGAACUAAAGAGUUUAGAGACUCCUGAUGAAAAUAAUCGACUUUCAGCUGCUAGUGAUGAAGCGAAACUUAGAGUGUCUCGACUUGCAGAAGCUCGUAAAUCUAUUGCUACAAUAUUAUCUCAGUCUGUUGAUGUUCUAAAUGAGGAGUCACUAUACGAGAGAGAUUUUUUUAACGAAUUGUAUAUACCACAUGCAUUAGAAAAGAGUAGAGAAAACAUCUCUGCUGACACCGACAUUGUAGUAAAAGCUUCUACUGAAGCUGUCGCCAAUGGUAAUUGUAAAGAGGAUGAAUUGUCUCAAGGUCAGAUUGAUAAGAUCGGUUCUGCCAAUGCAUUAUAUAGACAGUCAGAGAUGAACAAUUCGCUUAAAACAGAUAACGAUGAAGUUACAAAAACGAUCAGUCAUAGCGAAAACGUAAAAAAUCCAGUAAACGGCCCAACUAUAGUUCCCACGCCCUACAGGAGUCACAACCCAUUAGAUGAUAGCGAUGAUGAUGAAGAUACUAUUAACGGAGUACUUACGGAGACUUAUGAGAGUGCGGGAUUAACAACGGAAAACGGAAAUUAG